AUGCAGCGCGGCCGGCGGCGACGAGCGGCAUGGCUUAUUCAGCAGCGCGACGCCCCGGCCGCGGCGCCGCUAUGCUCCAUACUUAAUGUUUUGUUUGCGCAUAUUAUCGGCCCGCUUAUUCCCGGAGGCCCUGCGCCUCAUUCUGGAUCUAACUCCCUUUCGCAACCGGGCCCCCAGAUCCUGCCGGGCAACACGAACACGUACCUGGAGAAGAAGAACCGCCUGGAGCCGGCCAUCUGGGCGUCGCGCCUGCGCCUGCUGCCCUACAGCUCGCACCGCCGCACCGUCUGCAUGCGCGCCGAGCUCUACGGCUGCCCCUGGAGCGCCGGCAUCGUGUCGUACUCGAUGCCUAAGGGCAACAAGCGCAGCAACGGCGUGGAGCUGACGGACACGACGUACGACGGGCAGUGGGGCGCCGAGCUGCGCGGCGGGCUGGGCCAGCUGGUGGACGGCGUGUUCGGCGGCGACGACAUCCGCGAGGCCGCGCGCCCGUCCGCCUGGGUCGGCUGGCGCAACGACUCGCGCGCGCCGCCCGCCGUCACCUUCGAGUUCGACCGCGUGCGCGAGUUCAGCGCCGUGCACAUCUACUGCAACAACCGCUUCAUGCGCGACGUGCAGGUGUUCUCGGAGGCGGUGGUGUCGUUCUCGGUGGGCGGCGCGCGCUUCCAGGAGGAGGCGGUGCGGUUCGCGCCCGAGCCCGACCUCAUCUUCGAGGCGUCGCGCAACGUGUCCAUCAAGCUGCACCACCGCAUCGCCAAGUGGGUGCGCAUCGAGCUGCACUUCGCCGCGCGCUGGAUCCUCAUCAGCGAGGUCGUCUUCGACAGCGACGUGGCGCAAGGCAACUACUCCAUGGAGGUGGGCAAGGCGGCGGGCGCGCCAGCGGCUCCGGCGCCGGCCGCGGAGGCGCCGGUGUCGACGGCGCGCGCGCAGGACCCGCUGUACCUGGCGCUGGUGGUGGGCGUGCUGACGGCGCUGGCGGUGCUGCUGGGCGUGGCCGUGCUGCUGCUGGUGCACCGCCACCGCCACCGCAAGUGCUUCGCCUCGCCGCUGGCCAAGGCCGCCGCCGCGCCCGCCGCGCACGCCGCGCAGCCCAUGGCCUUGGACGGCUACUCGGUGUGCUCGCCGCCGGACUCGAAGCUGCACAUGGAGUGCGCCAUGGAGAUGAAGGCGGACGAGUACCAGGAGCCCUACCAGCCGCUCAAGUGCGCGCCCUACUGCGGCUACAGCUCCGUGCUGCUGGAGAUGCACCCGCUCGCGCCCUCCGACAGCUCCAACUACGAGUACGCGGUGCCGGAGCUGAGCUCGGCGCCGCUGCUGGGCCGGCGCCGCGGCGACUCGGGCUCCGAGCGCGGCGCCGCCGAGACGCUGCGCCUGGCACGCCGCUCGCCCACGCUCAGCGCGCGCGACGCACGGGUCAGUGCCGGGACUAGUGUAGCUAGCAUCAUACAGCUGGGCUCGCCGAGCCCGCGCGCGGCGGCGUCGGAGCUGGCGCGGCGGCUGGCGGGCGCGGCCGUGCCCGAGGUGCCGCGUCACCGCCUGCGCAUGAUCUCCAAGCUGGCCGAGGGCGCCUUCGGCACGGUGUACGUGGCGGAGGCGGACGGCGUGCCGGACUACGACGGCGCCGUGACGCCCGAGGCGCGCCUCGUCGCCGUCAAGUUCCUGUGCCCCGACGCCAACGAGCGCGAGAGACAAGAGUUCGAGCGCGACGUGCGCAUCCUGGCGGCGCUGGCGUGCCCGCAGCUGGCGCGCGUGGUGGGCGUGUGCCGCGCGGCGCCGCUGGCCGUGGUGCUGGAGUACCUGCAGCACGAGCUGGGCGCCUUCCUGCGCGCCGCCGCGCCGCCGCCGCCGCCCGCCGCGCUGCUGCUGGUGGCGCAGCAAGUGGCCGCCGGCAUGCGCUACCUGCAGGCGCUCGGCUUCGUGCACCGCGACCUCGCCGCACGAAACAUCCUGAUCGGCAAGGGCUACCAGGUGAAGAUCAGCGACUUCGGCACCGAUAACGAGGCGUACGCGGGCGACUACUACAAGGUGGCGGGGCGCAUCCCGCUGCCGCUGCGCUGGGCCGCCUGGGAGGUGGCGCUGGCCGGCCGCCAUUCCGCCAGCAGCGACGCCUGGGCCUUCGCCGUCACGCUGUACGAGGUGUACACGCUGUGCCGCGUGCGGCCCUACGCGCACCUGGCCGACGCCGGCGUGCUGGACAACCUGGCGCACCUGCAGGCCGACGACGGGCUGUUCGAGAGCCUGCCGCGCCCGCCCGCCUGCCCGCGCGAGCUCUACGACGCCAUGCGGGCGUGCUGGCGCCGCGACGCCGCGCGCCGGCCGUCCUUCGCCGAGCUGCACGAGCUGCUGCGCCGCCUGGCCGCGUGACGCGCGCCCCGCACGACC